AUGGCGGCCGCCUCUUGUGCUGUCGUCGAACGAAUUCCACUGGUCGAUUUUGUUAUCGAGGUUAGAGAUGCUAUGAUUCCGAUGUCAUCUGAAUAUGAAAUCAUGAAAAAUUAUCCACCAUCAACGAAACGAAUCAUUAUAUUGAACAAGACGGACCUAGCGGAUCGGUCACAGACAGAGGACUGGACAAGAUAUUUUGAAGACCAUGCAUCUCUUAUGGCGUUAGGUGAAUAUUAGGGAGGUAAAGAGCUAAGAUGUAAUCUUUUUGUGUUCAUUUUUAAUUGCUAUCUUGUUUGAGCAACAUAUUUUCCUCUUACU